AUGUGUUGGCUGCUACCUCUGUGGCCCCUGGCCGUGGUUCUGGCCCUGGCAGGACCAGGAUGCCCUGCACUGGUACCAGGACCCGAAGACGGGGUUACCCCGAACGACCUCACACUGGCCACAGAGUACCUGCAGCACUACUAUGACCUGCAGGUGGCGCCCACAAGGCGCAGAAAGAGGAGCGACUCGGCCCUGUCCUCCAAGGUGAGGGACAUGCAGCGCUUCUUCGGGCUGAACGCCACGGGCCGCCUGGACGCGGAGACGCUGCGCGUCAUGAGGACCCCUCGCUGUGGCGUGCCCGACGCGCACGAGUACGUCUCCAACCAGGGCGCCAAGUGGAACAAGAACACCAUCUCAUACAGGGUUAGGCGGUACACCUCUGACCUGCCAGCCAGCACGGUGGACUCAGAGAUCGAAUCAGCCCUGAACGUCUGGAGCAAAGCCAGCCCUCUGAAGUUCGUCAAGUCCUCCUCGGGCACCGCAGACAUCUUGGUUGAUUUCGCCUCGAGAUCACAUGGAGACUCCUACCCCUUUGAUGGCCCCCGGGGGACGUUGGCUCACGCUUUUGGCCCUGGGGACGGCAUUGGAGGGGACACACACUUUGACGACGCAGAAAAGUGGACCACCGGAUCAGAUGGGUACAACUUGUUUCUGGUGGCAGCGCACGAGUUUGGCCAUGCCCUGGGGCUGAAGCACUCCAGAAACCAGGCGUCUCUCAUGUACCCCACAUACAAACAGAGGGACGUCAACAACGUGCUCUCUCGAGAAGACACCAACAGGAUCAGCUCUCUCUACAGCCAAAGAGCCGCAGCUCCUGCUUGGCGCCCUCAGCCCCGCUGGGCCUCCUACUUCAGCUCCUGGUUCCAGGGCCGUCGCUACGCCUUCCGCCUGCAGGCCAAGUGUGACCACACCCUGACCUUCCACGCCGUCACCUCACUGGGGGACACCACCCUGCUCUUCAAAGGCAGCUACUUCAGGGACACAUCUGUUAUCGACCCUUCGCCUGUGACCACGACCCCGUUUUGGAUUAUCUGUGGUUUGCUGGCUAUUGACCCACGGUUUUGUGACUUAUAUCUUUGGAUGAAGCAAGAUCAGCAAGAUGAUAUCAAAGCGGUCCCCAUCCACAACUUCCUGCCAAAAAUCCGCUCAGGCAUAAAUGCUGCCUACUCCAUUCCACAGAGGUCCUCUGUGUACCUGUUUGCAGGUUCCAGCGUGUGGACGAUGAAGAGGUUCCGGGUAAAGGGCCAUCCCAAACCCAUCAGGAGGUUUGGGAUACCCAAAUGGGUGAAGAGGAUUGACGCAGCGGUGCAUAUAAACACCACGGGACACACCCUGAUGUUCUCACAGAACCUCUACUGGAGCUACAAUGAAAAUCUCAGGGUCCUGGAGGACUUUUACCCCCGGAACACCAGUGAGGAUUUCCCCGGGGUUAAAACUCCCAUCGAUGCAGCCGUGUACAAAGAUGGGUUUCUCCAUUUCUUCCACGGGCCAGAAGUGUACAAGUACGAUGCUGUGCAGAAGUGCAUUGUGGGGGUUGAUAAAGCGAAAAGCUGGCUGGGAUGCAGGGCCAAGUCCCCACUGAAGAGACAGCUGGGCCCUGAGCGGGCCGAAAGGAAUAUGUGUCUGAAUGUUCCAGAAACAUCCAACCUAGCCUAGACUGAAAUGCUCUCCAUCUGUAGCUCACGACUACACCUCAUACUAAUUUUACCUCAAUUACAUAACUGACACAUCUUGUUGAUUCUCUCAAUUUCUUGGAUAAAAAUCAU